AUGAACAAAGAGCAGCAGCAGCCAUGUGACGCAUCGUGGCCAAGCCCCAUAGUGGAACCAAUGGACUCUGUUGGGCCUGUAGAAUUAGGGAGUGGGGCAGGAGCCCUGGGCUGCUCCCCGGAGGUCUUGUCUCAUCCCUCAGACAGCUCCAAGCUGGUGCAGGAAUGCCUUCAGCAGUUCAUGGUGACGGAGGCCCAGCUCCAGCAGAUCCGGGCCAGCCUCCUGAGCUCCAUGGAGCAGGGGUUGAUGGGACAGAACCCAGCCUCAGCUGUUCGGAUGCUGCCCACAUAUGUGGGCUCCACCCCACACGGCACUGAGCAGGGAGACUUCGUGGUGUUGGAGCUGGGAGCCACAGGGGCCUCGAUGCGUGUUCUGUGGGUGACUCUGACAGGCAUCGAGGGGUGCAGGGUGGAUCCCAGGAGCCGGGAGUUUGUGAUUCCCCCAGAAGUGAUGCUGGGCCCUGGCCAGCAGCUCUUUGACUUUGCUGCUCGAUGCCUGGCUGAAUUUUUGGAGGCAUUCCCUGUGAAGAAUCGGUGUCUACCACUUGGGUUCAACUUUUCCUUCCCUUGUCACCAGACGGGCCUGGACAGGAGCACCCUCAUUUCCUGGACAAAGGGCUUUAGGUGCAGUGGUGUGGAAGGGCGGGAUGUGGUCCAGUUGCUGAGAGAGGCCAUCGAAAGACAGGGGGCCUCCAGCCUUGCCGUGGUUGCCGUGGUGAAUGACACAGUGGGCACCAUGAUGGACUGUGACCCAGGACUUGGGCCGUGUGAGGUUGGGCUCGUUGUAGACACUGGCACCAAUGCUUGUUACAUGGAGGAGGCACGGCAUGUGGCGUCGCUGGAUGAGGACCGGGGCCGGGUCUGCGUCAGCGUGGAGUGGGGCUCCUUCAGCGAUGACAAAGCCCUGGGACCAGUGUUGACACCCUUUGAUAAGGCCCUGGACCAGGGGUCCCUGAAUCCUGGUGCCCAGAGGUUUGAGAAGAUGAUUGGGGGCCUGUACCUGGGUGAGCUGGUGCGGCUGGUGCUGGCUCACCUGGCCCGGCGUGGGCUUCUCUUUGGGGGCUGCACCUCACCUGCCCUACUGAAUCAAGGCAGUGUGGGCCUGGAGCAUGUGGCCGAGAUGGAGGACCCCUCAUCUGGGGAAGCCAGAGUCCUCGCUGUCCUGCAGAAUUUGGGCUUGAGCCCAGGGGCUUCCGACGUGAAGCUUGUGCAGCUUGUGUGUGAGGCUGUGUCUACACGAGCUGCCCGCCUCUGCGCUGCUGCCCUGGCCGCUGUCCUUGGCCGCCUUCAGCACAGCAGGGAGCAGCAUGCGCUCCAGAUUGCAGUGGCCACUGGAGGCCAAGUGUUCAAGCGACACCCCAGGUUCCACAGCCUCCUGCAGAAGACAGUGAUACUCUUGGCUCCUGGGUGUGACAUCUCCUUCAUCCCCUCUGUGGAUGGCGGUGGCCGGGGGGUGGCAGUUGUAACUGCAGUGGCUGCCCGCCUGGCUGACCACCGCCGCCUAUUGGAGGAGACGCUGGCACCAUUUCGGCUGGACCGGGAGCAGCUGGCAGCAGUUCAGGUCCAGAUGCGAGAGGCCAUGGCCAAAGGGCUCCAAGGGGAGGCCUCUUCCUUGCGCAUGCUGCCCACUUAUGUCCGAGCCACACCUGAUGGGAGUGAACGUGGUGACUUCUUGGCCCUUGACCUCGGGGGCACCAACUUCCGGGUCCUCCUGGUGCGUGUAACCACUGGAGGUGUGCAGAUCACCAGCCAGGUCUAUGCCAUCCCUGAGAGAGUGACCCAGGGCUCUGGGCAGCAGCUCUUCGACCACAUUGUGGACUGCAUCGUGGACUUCCAGCAGAGGCAGGGCCUGGGCGGGCAGAGCCUCCCCCUAGGCUUCACCUUCUCCUUUCCGUGUAGGCAGCUUGGCCUGGAUCAGGGCAUCCUCUUGAACUGGACCAAGGGUUUCAACGCAUCAGACUGUGAGGGCCAAGACGUCGUGGCUCUGCUGCGGGAAGCCAUUGGGCGCAGACAGGCAGUGGAGCUGAAUGUGGUUGCCAUUGUCAAUGAUACGGUGGGUACCAUGAUGUCCUGUGGCUAUGAAGACCACCACUGCGAGGUUGGCCUCAUCGUUGGAACGGGUACCAAUGCCUGCUACAUGGAGGAGCUCCAGAACGUGGCUGCUGUAGCUGGAGACUCGGGCCAUAUGUGCAUCAACAUGGAGUGGGGCGCCUUUGGUGACGAUGGCACAUUGAGUGUGCCUAGCACCUGCUUUGAUGCUAGUGUGGACAGAGCAUCUAUCAACCCUGGCAAGCAGAGGUUUGAGAAGCUGAUUAGUGGCAUGUAUCUGGGGGAAAUUGUCCGCUACAUCCUGUUGCAUCUGAACAGCCUUGGGGUGCUGUUCCGGGGCCAGCAGACCCAGUGCCUACAGACUAGGGACAUCUUCAAGACCAAGUUCCUGUCUGAGAUUGAAAGUGACAGCCUGGCCCUGCGACAGGUCCGAGCCAUCCUGGAGGAUCUGGGGCUGCCCCUGACCUCUGACGAUGCUCUGAUAGUCCGAGAGGUGUGCCAAGCCGUGUCUCGGAGGGCCGCCCAGCUCUGCGGGGCAGGCGUGGCCGCAGUGGUGGAGAAGAUCCGCGAGAAUCGGGGCCUGGAGGAGUUGAUGGUGACCGUAGGAGUAGAUGGGACCCUCUACAAGCUUCACCCCCACUUCUCCAGCCUAGUGGCAGCCACUGUGAAGGACCUGGCUCCGCGCUGUACAGUCACCUUCCUGCAAUCGGAGGAUGGAUCUGGCAAAGGUGCAGCUCUGGUCACCGCCGUCGCCUGCCGCCUCGCCCAGACCACCCGAGUCUGA